GCGAAGCAAGACAGAAGCCCAGGAGCCAUGGGUGACUGGGGCUUCCUGGAAAAGCUGCUGGACCAGGUCCAGCAGCACUCCACUGUGGUGGGCAAGAUCUGGCUGACAGUGCUCUUCAUCUUCCGCAUCCUCAUCCUGGGCCUGGCCGGUGAGUCCGUGUGGGGUGACGAGCAGUCGGAUUUCCAGUGCAAUACGGCCCAGCCGGGCUGCACCAACGUCUGCUACGACCAGGCCUUCCCCAUCUCCCACAUCCGCUACUGGGUGCUGCAGUUCCUCUUUGUCAGCACGCCCACGCUGAUCUACCUGGCCCACGUCAUUCACCUGUCUCGGCGUGAGGAGCGGCUGCGGCAGAAGGAGGAGGAGCUGCGGGCCCUGCCGCACAAGGACCCCUGCGUGGAAAGGACGUUGGCAGCCAUCGAGCGUCAGAUGGCCAAGAUCUCAGUGGCCGAAGAUGGCCGCAUGCGGAUCCGAGGGGCGCUGAUGGGCACCUACGUGCUCAGUGUGAUCUGCAAGAGCAUCCUAGAGGCAGGCUUCCUGUACGGCCAGUGGCGUCUCUACGGCUGGACCAUGGCGCCCGUGUAUGUGUGCCACCGCGCACCCUGCCCCCACUCGGUGGACUGCUAUGUCUCUCGCCCCACUGAGAAGACUAUCUUUAUCAUCUUCAUGCAGGUGGUCGGAUUCAUCUCCCUGCUGCUCAACCUGCUGGAGCUGGUGCACCUGCUGUACCGCUACCUCACGCGGAGACUAAAGGCCCAGCAGGGCCAGCAUGCCCCCCUCGCUCAGGGCACCACCCCGGAGCCCUACGCUAACCAGGUCUUCUACCUCCCCAUGGGCAAGGAGCCCUCAUCCGAGCCAUGCCCCGUCUACAGCGGGCUCUCAUCCAGUGAGCAGAACUGGGCCAACCUGACGACAGAGGAGAGGCUGGCUGCUUCUAGGCCACCCCCCUUCCUGGACCCGUACCCUCAGAGUAGCCAGAAAUAUCCCAGCAGCCAUGCUUCUAAGAAACAGUAUUUGUAGGAACCUGGGACUUGUGUCACCCAACAGCGGGGCCUGGGAAGUCCGGCUGCCUUGGGUGCCCCCUCCUUGAAGGCUCUGCAGAGAUGACUAGGGCGGGGAAGCGGGUGCUUGCUGGCCAUGGGGCCUCACUAUUGGUUGUUCUUGGACACCUGGGACCUUCCUGGUGACCAGACGACACCUCAUGGUUUCCCCUCCAGAACCUGGCUUUGCCGCAGGCACAGACAGAGCCAGCUCGGGGUGCUCUUGACUGAAGGCUUCGGCCCUCUGGCCUUUUUCACUUUGUUCAGAGGGGCCCGAAGCCAAGUUACUCCACCCCCACCGUCAUGGAAGUUUCUCCUCCACCCAGAUUGUCCUCACACCCUCUCCUCGCAGGAAGAGGCUGGACCAGGCUGCUGGGUAGGCCUGGAUUACACACACAGAGCCCUGUCAAGGAGGCCGGUGUCUUGUUCUCAUCACUCCUUCCUCGUUCCACUGUUUAUGCUUCUAAAAUAAACAGAACUUGAUCACAA